AUUACUGAAGUCUGAGAACUAAUGGAGCCAAAUUUAAAGUUGGCGUUGCUCAGUAACUUCCGGAAAUAGCUGGGUAUGGAUUUCUUCAAACGUUCCAAGUUCGACAAGCUGAUUGAGAAGGCGACCAGCGAAAUGUUGAUUGAAUCAGACAUUGAGAGUAUCAUCGCAGUUUGCGAUAACGUGCGUAGUCAAGAGAUUUCGCCUAAAUAUGCGGUUCAGUGUUUGAAGAAGCGUCUUCAGUGUGACAAUCCAAACGUCGUCCUACGCUCAUUUGAUGUGCUGGAGUCAUUGAUGAAGAACUGUGGUACACCUGUUCAUGAAGAAGUUUGCAGCACUGACUUUAUGCAACAGCUUGUUGGGAUGGUCGACACCUCCCCAGACGUCCGCACAAAGCUUCUAGAGUGUCUUCAAAACUGGGCAUAUGUUUUUCGUGAUAAGCCUGGCUACGUUGCUGUCAUAGAUGCUUAUGAGAACCUUAAAAACGCUGGCUACGUUUUCCCGGAGUUCUCAGAGAGUGCUGCGAUGUUCAGUGUAGUUUGCGCUCCAAGUUGGAAGGAAGGAAAUGCAUGCCAUCGAUGCAAGUCUGCAUUUACUACAUUCAGGCGUAAACAUCACUGCCGCAAGUGUGGUCAAGUGUUUUGUGGUGAAUGUACCUCAUCGCGCGCCAUUUUGCCUGAAUUCGGCAUUGAGAAGGAAGUGCGUGUCUGUGAUUUGUGCUUUGAAUCAAUUAACAGAGGAUUGUCUUCUGCUUCAAAUAACUCUGAAGAUAAAAGGUCUGUGGAGAUGGAGAAUCAGCUUCGACGUGAAAAAGAGCGACAACUGGAGCAGCAAGAAAACGAGGAUCUCGAAUUGGCUUUAGCUUUAAGCGCUAGCGAAGCAGAGUCGAAUAAGAGAAAUAAUCAAAUAAAGUCUACUAUCAAUGACAAUAAACCAUCAUCAGCAUCGCCAACAGUCGCUCACCUUCUUCCAGUUCUCGAUACAAGUGAAAUGGAUCCCGAGUUGGCGCAAUAUUUAUCCAAACAUUAUCAGAGAGCUAAUCCGUCAUCUACUCAGGAUUUCAUAUAUCAAGAAAAUUCGCAAGAACAUCCCAUGCUUCAACAGUCUACCACACAGCCUAGCGCACCUAUAUAUGCUUCCAGUACACCAUCCGAUCAUGGUACGAUCUCUAUUAAUACUCUCAAGUCCGGAGUGAACAGUGAUUUUAAUGUACCAGGAAAUAGUCGAUCCAGUGAGAUAAAUUCGGCUAAUUCUGACGGUAAGACAGACCUCAACACAUCGGAAAUCCCAAAUCAAGCUAAUCCGAAACAAGAAGAGUUCCUUGAUGCUCUACGUGGUAGUAUCGAAUUUUUCGUAAAUCGCUUGCAGAGCAAUAGUCAAAGAGGACGUAACAUUUCAAGUGACACAACAGUUCAAACAUUGUUUUUAACACUUAAUAAAAUGCAUCCACAAUUAAUGGACUACAAACACUACAUGGAGGAACGCCGAGCCUAUUUUGAGAAAAUGCAAGACAAGCUUAACCAGAUUCGGGAAGCUCGUGAGGCUUUGGAUGCAUUAAGACAUGAUCACGCUGUUCGCAAACAAAUAGAAGAGCAAGAAGCAGCUCGUAUGCGUCAGCUACAGAUAAUGCAGAAAUUGGAAGCUAUGCGACAACAGAAAAGAGACACUUUGGAAUACAAACUACGUAUGACACUAAAACAAAAUAUGCAGUACCAACAAGAAUACGGAAUACCACAGCAGUCCUUCCCGUACAGUGUCGAAUCAUUUCCUAGUGUACCAACUGCUGCACCUGGAGAAGGUUAUCCAACCAAUUAUGCUUUGCCUUAUAUAUCUGGAAUUAAUUACGCAUCAUUUCCACCUGUUCCGAACGGUUAUCUACCAAGAGACAAUAGAGUUUAUGCCACACAAUUUCCAGAUCCGAAUUCAAUUGUCCCCACUCAAAGUGGUGCUAGUAUACCUAGUUAUAACAUAUCUUACACACCACAAUUUAGUUCAUAUGUUCCUGAUCCAGUUGGCUAUAAUAUCCAACCCCAUCGUACGUUCUCUCAAGGAAACCAAAAUCCAGUUCCGCCUGGCUCAUUUUCGAUGCAAAGUACGUACCCUCUACAUAUCGUUUCACAAAUAGAUUGUGACCAUUGAUAUAUUUCUUUCAUAUUUAUAUUUCCUCACCUAAGAUUGAUAUAUUAAAUAGUACAGAGUAUAUCUCGUUGAUAAUUGGUUUGGAUGUUUAGUUAAUCCAAUAUAUUUUAGCUCAGUUGUUGCAUGCAGUCGCUUGUUAUGCAAAUAUGGACAACAGAUAUCGUGAUGAUCCUAUUGUCACUUCAGAAUGUAAGUUCAGCGGAGUCCAUUUUGCUACAAAUAUAUUUUCAUCGUACGAGGCUUUGCUCCGACACGUAUUGUAUAAUGAUAUUUAUUAGUAAUGCUAAUUUAACUUUAUUCAACCCACAAUGGAUAAUUAUGACCACGUUUUUCCUUCGAGAUUCUAAUAGGGCUCAGCAAAUCCUUAUCUGGUAUACAAGGACAAUUUUUGAUUGCUUCACUUGCAACCAAGUUGUCCAUCAAGGAGUUUCGGUCAAUUAAGUUUAUACUGUAUCAAAGACGCUAACAUCGUAAUCGCCGUAAAGGCUGUCUCAUUGAGUUGUCGAUGUUUUAUUAAAAUGAUUUAUCUUCCUCCUUUCCAACAACAUUCAUACCUCCACACGUAAUAACUAUACUCCUGAUUAGUCCUCUUUAUUGGACGUAACCACUUCUCUAGUUAAGAUUAGACUACUAAAUGUAGGUUAGUUAUACCUAACCCAACUCAGCUUCAUCUAACUGGAAUCUUUUUAUUUUCUGCCUAGGUAUACAAGCAUCUUUGCCGACUUAUACAAGACAAGAUGAUUCAAAAGGAUACCCUGGGAAUCAAACUUAUCCAUCUAGCCAACAUGUAAUGGACGAAAAGAAUGUACCUAGGUACACACAGGUUGUGACCCAUCCAAGUGAUGCACCUAACAACUAUACUGAGCCGGGUGCUGUAGAGGCUCAGUUGAUAUCUUUCGAUUAAACGAAGUUGAUUUUUUUAAUUCUAUGAUUCGUGAUAUUUUCCCUGUAAUUAAAUAUUGUUGACGUUAGCUCGCCGUUAUUAGUUUGGUCCCUUUCGUUGUUUUGCCAAUUCUGACGCUUAUGUUGCAAGCAAAAAAAUCCUGGUUUAUUUUUGACUGAUAACAUUUGUGAUAGCGUGAUUGAAUAUGCUAUGUUAACUCAUUAUGUCAAUCUCUUAAUAUAUGUCAACUGGGAGUGAAUGAUGCGGCCACAUUUUGAUCAAAGGCCAAAUAAGUAAAAAGAUGAUAUGCCCUUAAAAUAUGCAUGUUUCCAAUCCACUUUGAUUUCCUCGAAAAUUUGGAAUAAUAUGAGAUGUUAAUCAUAAUAGUGAAGUUUCUUACUCUACCAUAUUAAAUUUGUUAUUCCUUUUAAUUGAAUAAAUCCCAUCCAAAAGCUAGUCGUUUUGAAUGAUCUGGAAAUAAAAUGCCAAUAAAAUCGUGUCAAAAAUUAUAUCUAUCCAGGGAAGUAAAAUAUGAUUAAGGCCACUGCUAGUUGCCCAUAUUUUGCAAAUAACGUUCAGUGACCAGUCAGUCAGUGACAACGUAGGACCAGGCACAUA